AUGUUAGGGAUACAGGUGUUUCUGCUAAGUUUCCUGGCGUGUCUCCUGAUUUUGCACGUUCUGAAACAGAACUGGCCAUGCAGCCGCUCUUACCCUCCGGGGCCACUUUGGAUUCCAGUCAUUGGAGGCCUGUGGAAAAUAGGAUUCAAGCUCUCUCAAGACUCCUUCAGAAAACAUUUUGUAGCUUUAAAUGUCAAGCUUGCUGAGGAAUAUGGAAGCGUUUACUCUUUGCCAGUUGGGUCUAUCAGUUCCGUCGUGGUUUCUGGAUCCCAGGCAGUGAAAGAAAUUCUGGUGAACAAUCCAGGACGGAUUGCCAACCGAGCUGUGACCCCUUUUGAGAACGCUGUAAUGAAAGGAAAUGGCAUUCUGUUCUCCAACGGCCGGUUGUGGAAGCAGCAGAGGAAACUGGGGCUCGCUGUCAUGCGGAAGCUGGGACUGGGGAAGAAAAGCAUGGAGCAACAAAUACAAGAGGAGGCUGGCCUUCUUGUGGAGACUCUUGCAUGCGCCAAGGGGCAGCCAGUUGACCCUUCGUUAAUGAUCAGAAAUUCAGUCGCCAACGUGAUUUGUGCUCUCACUUUUGGGUACCGAUUUUCUUUAGAUGAAGAAGAAUAUCUCAAGUUGAUUGAAGCUGUUAGUGUAUUUAUACACUUUGGAGGUUCUUUAUUUCAUCUUUUGUAUGAAUCUUUCCCAUGGGUCAUGAAACUUCUUCCAGGGCCUCACAAAAAGGCACAUGCCUGCGCAAAGGACGUGCUAUCGUUUGCCAGAAAAGAAAUAGAAAAACAUAAAGAUCAGCAAUCCCUGCACCAGCCACAGGAUUUCAUUGACUACUAUCUACUUCAGAUGGAGAAAAGCAAAAAUGAUCCCAGCUCUACAUACAAUGAAGAGAACCUGGCACAGUCCAUUUUCGACCUCUUUAUCGCAGGAAUGGACACAACCACAACCACUCUUCUAUGGGGUCUGCUCCUCAUUGCAAAACAUCCAGACAUCCAAGCUAAGGUCCACAAGGAGAUAGAUGACGUUUUGGGUUCCUCUCAGCCAUUCAGCUAUCAAGACUGGAAGAAACUACCCUACACCAGCGCUGUGAUCCACGAGAUCCUACGGGCUCACUUUAUCUUAUUUGUCGGGCUCCCCAGGCAGUGCGUGACGGAUGUGAACAUAUCUGGUUUUGUGAUCCCAAAGGGGACUUCCAUUACUUUAGAUGUAGACUCUGUUCUUCAUGACCCCAAGUACUGGGAGGCCCCUAAAGAGUUCUAUCCAAAUCAUUUUCUGGACAAAGAUGGACAUUUUGUGGAGAGAGACCUGUUCUUUCCAUUUGGUGCAGGAGCCCGUGCAUGUCUUGGGGAGCAGCUGGCAAGGACUGAACUCUUUGUUUUCCUCACCAGCCUGAUGAGGGAGUUCACCUUCCACCUGCCAGGAGGAGCGAAGGAAAAAGACAAAAAACCCGUGUUAGGAUUCACAACAGCUCCCCAUUCCUACAAGAUCUGUGCUGUUCCUCGCUGCAGUACAGCAUAGCCAAUGAAAACAAUCUUAAUAACUCCUUACCGUCCAUUUCUCCAUCAUUCCUUUUCACUUGAAUCGACAUCCUGCUGUGAUCUGCCCAAUUAUCUCUGCCCUUUAGCCUCUCCACUCCGUUCGAGCUUGGCAAAU